UCCUGAAUAUUCGACGAGUGGAGUUCGUCUCCCAUGAUUGUGUAUCUCGAGGAUAAUCAGUUGAGCGGUGGUGAUUUUACCUGGAGUACAAGGCUCGGAGGAGUUCCUAGGAGGUGCUGUCGACUCCCGUCACCUUGCCGACAAGGGCGGCCUCCCCCGAUACCGUUGGUGAUUGAGAUUGCCCGAUUCGGAACGGUGGCGACCUCGAAUCGAGCGUCGAGAUCGUCUUUCUAUGCUUGAAAUUCCAGAGAAUGCGAGGAAUGAAAGCACGGUCGUCAUGAUUUCGCAUCGAAGUUCAGCUUACCAGACGUCAUCGGAGGAGCAAGAUUCCAAAGCUCAAUUCUGACGAUGCUUCUCUCGAUAAAGAUUUAAUUCGGAUCGAACCACUGAAAUUCGCCAUUCCCAGCGUGCUCAAAACAACGAAGUCGAGAUUGCGGCAGGUGGCCAUGCGGAAAACAAUGGGACAUGAAAGCUCUGAGCUCGAACAGACACGGAUGAAUCUGUUCGGCUCUUGACGCACCUAAUUUCAUUGGCGAGCGCGCGGAAACUCCGAUGCCGCUUUUGGUCUCCUAUGGUGAAUUAGGCAGAAUUCGGUCAACCUCAACAAUCAUUCGCAUCGCUUCCGACAGUCCGGCUAUAGUCUGCUCGAAAGAUGGUAUCGGUGCAGUGCGUUUCCACAAGCAAUGGGUGAUUCAAGCGAUCCUUUGGUAGAUCACUAUGUCUUUUUGGAUAUUAAUUUCCACCAUGGCAUUAUCUUUAGUCCCGAACGCUGUACAGGGCGCAUCAACUCCACUGAGCUGCCCCCAAAGCAUGGAGCUCAGCUUGAAUCCAGCACAAAAAGCUUAUGAAUUCAACCAAAAGUCGAAAACGAUGACCUGCGCCUUCGUCGACCUGUCGGGGGAAGGCAGUGUAUCCGGUUCACGGAGGCUGGUUGUGCGGAAUCAUGUGAUAGGAUCCGAAGUCGCUUCUAAAACACUUCAUCAAUCCCGAAGAGCUACAAUCAAGUUCGAAAUUAGAAACAUACAAUCUUCCACCACUUUUUCUUGUGAGUUGUGGGAUGAGAACGACUUAGUGAUCUGCCGGGCUCUAGCACAGGUAUCUGUAUUCAUCAAUUCGCCUGUGAGCUGCUCAUCGAACAAAGACUGCUGGGGUUACGGUCGGAAUCUCCUUUGUGAUGAAAAAGGAACUCGGAGGUGCAUGUGCGCCAUGAAGACUGCGCGGGCCAUGGAGAGCCCUCUUUGCAUCGAAGUGGUCGUGGAAGAAAAGUGUAAUCAACUGAGUUGUGAGGAGAACGAAGCGGAUUGCGUCUGUAUGAGGGACGAUGCGCUCGUUCUGAAACAAACUAGAUAUACCCCUUACAGCCGCAUGAAUGCUAUCUCGACGAACGAUAUCGUAACUGUAUUCGAUGGGAAUCAGACAGAGAGAUUCCUCCCUUGGAAACGUGACGAAUGCCUCCGAUGUCUCCGAGUUUCAAACGGUCUCCAAAACCUACAAAUAGGUCUCUUCCUCGUCGGGUUGGUCUUGGCGUUCACGGCGGUGACCUUGAUGGCUAUCGUCAUCCGGAAGAUGUGGCUUUACUACAGGAUACCCCCGGACCUACUCGAGGCGAGCCGGGACCUCGAGAGAGAAACGAUCGAAAGGGAGGCUGAGCUCAUGGCUCAGAGAGAUAAGCCCCCAAGCUACGUAGAGGUGAUGGAAUAUGAUCUCCGCAUCAGCGGCUACCCGCCUCCAGCCUAUGAGGAAUCGGCCAGCCCAGUACGAGGAAGCGGAAAUCAGAGGCGUGGGCUGACGAGGGAAAUCGCCACAAUUUAUGGGAAUGAUGAUUUGAAUGGAAGGGCGGCUGCUCAGACCCGGAGCACAAGACAUUCUUUCCUCAGCCCGCUGCAUCGGAUUGCGCAAUGCUACAGGAACGGCUCACCGAUCCGAUCGCCCCUGAGAGCGGGAUCCUCCAACUCAAACGAUCAACCUCCGAAUUCAUCCCCGCCGCGUUACUAGGACUUCCUGUGGUUCAUUGCUCGAUUGUUGCUUCAGGAGCCAUGAUGUUGAUUUUACUGUUGAUUUAUCGGAAUGUAUAUUUGUUGCGCUAUAUCGUCGGUAUAGGAGCCAUUGUGAUGAAUGUAAAAAAGUAUACCCAUGUACAAGUUUCGAGACAGCUGAAGCUUGGAUGUCACGAAUACACAUUGUCUCUGA